CCCGUAGCUCCUUAAUUAAGUUAGAGGAUUCAUGCACUCAAUAUUUUUGGAUUGUUAUUAGUUUUUAGUCAUUGGUAGAGAUAUUCCUUUUCUUGUAUCUAUAUAUAAAACCCUAGUUCGUAGUGAAAGAUAAAAAUUGGUUUCCUUCUUCUCCCGUUUCUCUCUCUCUCUCGUUAAUGUUUUAGAUCACCCACUAAAUCUCAAGUACAUACAAGAAAAAAGAAAAGAAAAAAGAAACCCUAAUUCUUCCACAAACACGUAGAGGACAAAAAACACUAGUAUGAAAGCAGAAGCAAGAGGCAUGAAUCCACCAACCAUUUCUCCCCUGCAAAACCCUAGCGGCCUCUUCACCAACUCCCGCGGCUCCAUCUCCGGCGCCUUGACGGGAUGCCUGAGCAGCCUCGACGGCGCGUGCAUUGAGAAGCUCCUCCUCCACUGCGGCAGCGCCCUCGAGAGCAACGACGUCACCCUCGCUCAGCAAGUGAUGUGGGUUCUCAACAACGUCGCCUCGUCCACAGGCGACCCCAACCAGCGCCUCGCCUCCUACUUCCUCCGCGCCCUCAUCUCUAGGGCCUCUAGGGUUUGCCCCACCACCAUGAGCUUCAAGCCCGCUGCCCCCCACCGCCGCCUCAUGUCCGUCACCGAGCUCGCCGGCUACGUCGACCUCCUCCCCUGGCACCGCUUCGGAUUCUGCGCCGCCAACAGCGCCAUCCUCGAAGCGGUGCGAGGGUUUCCCAGCGUCCACAUCUUGGACCUCAGCAUCACUCACUGCAUGCAGUGGCCCACUUUCAUCGAUGCAUUGGGGAAAGUCCCCGGCGGCCCUCCUGCUGCGCUCCGGAUCUCGGUCCCAUCGUGGCGGCCGCCGGCCCCGCCACUGCUCAACGCCUCCAUCGAGGAGGUCGGGCAGCGGCUGGUCAACUUCGCCAAGUUUAGGGACGUCCCCUUCGAGUUCAAUGUAGUUGACCUAGGCGGGGAGGAGGAGGAGGAGGAGUCUGCCUAUGACUCUCUAUUGAGUCAACUCAACGCCUUCGCCGUCAAAGUCAACGCUGACGAGGCCCUAGUGGUCAACGUCCAGAACUGGCUGAGGUAUCUCCCCGACGACGAGUCACGGAUAAUGUCAAUCCGUGACUCGUUCCUAGAGUCGAUCGGGAGGUUGAAUCCGCGCCUGGUGACCGUGGUCGACGAGGACUGCGACCUGGGCGGCGGGCUGGCGUCGAGGAUCGCGGCCUGCUUCAACUACAUGUGGAUCCCGUUCGACGCGCUCGAGACGUUCCUGCCCAAGGAGAGCCCGCAGCGAAUCGAGUACGAGUCCGACAUCGGGCACAAGAUUGAGAACAUUGUCGGGUUCGAGGGGGCCCCGAGGGUCGAGAGGCCGGAGUCCGGCAGCCGGCUGUGCCACCGGAUGGCAGGCGCAGGUUUCACGAGCGUCCCCUUGGGCGAGGAGACGGUGAAGGAGGUGAAGGCGCUGCUCGACGAGCACGCGAGUGGUUGGGGGAUGAAGAAGGACGAGGAGGACAUGCUGGUGCUGACGUGGAAGGGCCACAAUGCGGUCUAUGCCGCGGCGUGGGCCCCACGCGCCAACCAGCACCCACUUGCAGACUAGCUUGAGCUCGAGCUCGUUAUUAUUACCACAUGACUUAUUAGGUGUGGUCUUAUUAUCUAGGGUUUGGAUAGGUUGCACUAGCUAGAAUCGAUGGAACUAAAUUAGAUUAUUAAUAACUUGAAGUAGACAGAUUUGUAACGUAGUAAGGAGGGAUGGUGUGUUUUCAUGAUCAUCGGUGGGACAGGUGCUCACGCAUGUGAGGGUGGGAAUAGAUAGAUCGUUGUAUGCUUUCUUUCUUUUUUGGUUGUCUUUGUUUCUUAAUUAUUGCAGAAUUUGAUAGUA